AAACGAUGCCUUACUUUCCAGAAAUAAAAGAUGGCAAGUGUUUCUUUCCGUUCCGCUAUAAGGACAGCCUGUUCUACGACUGUGUCAAGUUCAAGGCCAAGCACAAGUGGUGCUCCUUGACGGAGAACUUUGAAGGCUACUGGAAGUACUGCUCCGAGAAUGACUUCGCAAAAUGCGUGUUUCCCUUCUGGUUCAGACGCACCAUCUACUGGGGAUGUACGGACGACUCGGAAGCAUUUGGGAAAAGAUGGUGCUCACUGACCCAGAAUUUCAACAUACAGAAGGUCUGGAGGUAUUGCGAUGACAUGUACUUGCCUCAACCCUGA